AUGGAUACUUUUCUAACCGGGGCGAUGAACUACGCCAUUCGUUCAGGGAUUGCAAUCACUGCUAGCUAUGCUAUGCGCCAGUCAUCACGCCUACUGAAAAAUGUUGAAAGUGAGGAUCGCGAUGAGCUGCUUUCUUUGCAACAACGUCUGGAAAGCAAGAUCCAAGUCAUUGCUCCUUCUAUUGACAUGAUCGAGCUGAUCUACCUUAGUGCGGCUCGGGGCAAUACGUCUUUAGAAUCCGCUGUCAGCCUGACUAAAUCUCUGAGAUGGGAUAUUCAGGCUUUGGGACAGCGACUGGCAAGGGCUGCUGCCUUUGAGGAAUUAAGAAGGAAAGGAGCCAAAUCAUCUAAAGAUCGACCACAGAGCGACAUGGAGAUCAAGCUGAUCAUCAAAGACAUCAAGAGGUUGUUGGUGCGAAUCGAAGAUGCCGUCCCGCUGAUGAAUCUGGCGAUCACCACCUCUGGGGCCAAAUUGUCCACCAACUUACCGGCAACUGUCUCGCCUUCCCGACUUCUCCAGGCAAGCACGUUUCUUACGGCAGGAGACACGCAGUAUUCUAUGUCACCGUCCCAAGCAGUUCAAGUGGGCCCCACGUUCACACUAUCGAUGUACAUGCUGUUUGCCAGCCAUUUGCGUCCACACGAUGAAGAAUCGGUUCGCGAGGCAACGUGGAAGGAAGUUAUGCAUAAGGCUCGUUUGAAGCUGCGGCGUGUCCCAAUAAACUCAUUACAGUCUCCAGAUCAACGCCCCAAAGGCAAGCUCCCAGGACCAGGUGGGGCAGAUGAAUACACGUACCAAGUCCUCUUGGUUGAAGAUUUGGAUGACGGGCGAGUUCAUACAUUCGAUGAGAAUGAUCCACAACCUGAAAGCUACGAGGGUAUAUCUUCUGCAGGUAUACGGGAAAUCCUUCCUAUCCAUCAGAUUUCCAAGAUUUUCUAUGCCGAUACUGGGAGAAUUCUCAACAUCAGCACAGAAGGAGAAACAAACAAUCCAGUACUUCUUUUGAAAAGAGACAUUAAUGCGCUUCCUCCUCGGCGCAUGAUGGAACACGAUGAACUCGAUAACGUCUCUCCAGUGGAGUCAGAGGCGGAGUCGGAGGACGAAGAGCAAGCUCAGCUCGAUGCACAAUUGAAUGGAGACGGCAAUGCAGGAAAUGAGAGUUUCAGCUCUCUCCACCAAGACUCUAUCCCCGAGGAAUGGCGUCUUCCGUCUGGGCUGGAUCCAGAAUGGAUUGCAUUCGAAGUUUUCAACGAAGACGAAGCCUCUGACACCGAGUCCGAGGCCGAAUCUCCCAAAGACUCUACCUCUGAACCCUCAAUCGACCCAGCUCUAAUGGCCAAUCUAUCAAUAAACAACAAUGGCCGAUCCUCGCCCCCAACAUCACCACCUCGCGGCAAACAAUCAACCCAAUCAACCGCCGCAACAACAGUCUCAAACCCACACUUCGACAACAUUCGCACCUCGCUCUCUCUCCUCGAGACCCUUCUCCGUCUAACAUCUCUUCAACAAUUCCAACAACAAUCACAUCUCUCUAUCAGCGAUGAGCUCCUAAACUUCUUCCUAGAAGAGUCCUCUACCACCGGCGCCGGCGGCGACGAACAACACCGCCAACGGCUUCGCUCCGAUGCCCGUCGCCGAGUUGGCUGGGACCCAUACAAUGAAAGCCCCGUUAAACAUCGUGGCGAAGACUACCAGUAUGGCUGGGAGCCUGGUAGUAGUCCUUAUCAACAUGGUGGUGAUCCUUACUCGCCUAGUGGACGUGCACAGGGCUUCCACCUUCGUUCUAGAGAGAACACACCCGAGACUCCAGUCCGCAAAAGCUCACCGGGGGCUCGUCCUAGUGGCCUGCGAGACAUGACUCCUGCAUAUGGUGGCUCGCCUCUCUCGAAAAAGGGUCAUUCCACCCCGAGGGAAUGA